AUGGACCGCCCGGCGAGAUUGCAGGUCGACCCCGCCACGAUCACGGCUGAUGAUAAACCGCCACAAACGGGGACGGUAUUUAACAUAUGGUACCUCAAGUGGUCCCAUGGCGACUCAUCUUCACGCCAAGUCCACGAGCGGUCAAAGUUCCGCGUCAACAUCGCAAAGGAUCAAGGCUAUACUAAAGCCAGAAUAGGAGCCGCUAUUUGUUUGUUUUUUGCUCGAGGAUGCUGCUACAAGGGACUGCAAUGUGAAUAUUUCCAUCGUUUACCCGAUGCAAACGAUGCCUCCUCGUUAGUCACGGACUGCUUUGGCCGUGACCGCACAACCCAGGCUCGCGAUGACCACGAUGGUGUUGGGGUCAUUAACCAACGAAACUGCUCGUUAUGGGUAGGUGGAAUUGACCUUCCUCCAAAGCUGCUGGAGGCUACGUUAUCCAAGGCUUUUUCUGAGUUUGGCGAGGUUGUGAAAUGUCGAGUGCUUCCUAAAAAACGAUGUGGCUUCGUUACUUACGCCUCUGAAGCGCUGGCUCAGUUUGCCAAAGAAGCAAUGCAAAACCAGUCCAUUGGUAAAAACGACGUUAUUCAGGUGCGGUGGGCUACGGCUGACCCAAGUCAGAAGGCGCGGCAGGAAGAGAUUGAAGCUAAGCAAAAUGAGGCAACCGAAACGGUGAAACGUUUAUUGAAAGAGUUGGAGGUGGAGGAAGAGCAACAACAAGAUGCGCCUGUGGUACAAAGUGAAGAGCUCCCACCAGCGUCACCUCCGUCGUAUGACGGGCCAAGAAAAGUGAGGAAGCUUGACUUCUCUCACCUUACCGCUGGCCAAGCGGCAAAUACUUCUGAGAAAUUGGUCGAGUACAGCAGUAGUGAUGAAGAUUAG